AUGAAACAAACACUUCGGUCUGCCAAACAAUAUCUGCGGUCUGAUUACAAGGUAAGACUGUCUUAAUAUUUGGUUAUUCUUUUAGUAGAUUAUUAACUUUGUACUUUGGCUGGAUUGAUGCUAAAUUUAAGCGAAUUGGUCAUAAACAUGAAAGUCAACUUUCUCUGGCUGCAUUGUACUAACUAGUAUUGAGGCUAAACCUCGAAACAUUGAUUAAGCGGAAGCUAUCUUCAAUUUGCGCCCUUUAAGCGGUUCGGACAAGCUUUAAUAAGUUUCAAACUUCUUUUACUACUUUUAAAAGAUUUUACCCUAAAGCAGCUGAUAUUAAUAACGAAAAAUCAUAGUAAAAAUUAUGAUGAUAGUGAUAACUAUGAUAAUGAUGACGAUAAUAAUCUUUCACAUUUUAGGUGCACGUUACAAUGGAAUCAGAAGUUGCAGAUCACUGUUUAACGUUUUCCCUAAGUGAUCCUAAAAAUAGUUGUUUUCAAGGAAAGUGUAACCAUAACCACGAUGAGGUCUGCUACGAAUGCAAUAAAUUAACCGGGGUGCUGUCUACCAUAAAAGAAGCGUGCGUAGAACUUCAGUCUGAAGAAGAAAGAGAUGACAGUAUCUGUUUAGUGGCUCAAGCUGAAAAGGACAUUUUGGCAUGGAAAGCUCACCAACUCCGAACAGUUAACCAGGAUCAAGCAAAACAUGACGUGUUAGAUGUCAUAUGUCGGAGUUCAGCAUUAUUAGUUAUGGACUGGGCGCGAAAGUUUCGCGAAUCACAGUGUGACUGGUUCGCCAAACGUGGUAUUCCAUGGCACAUCACAGUGGAUUUUACAAGAUCAGAAGCAAAUGCCCCGCUUGAGAAGCUCACUUUUGUCCACCUGUUUCAGAGUUGCCCUCAGGAUAGCGUUGCAGUAACCGCCAUUUUACAAGAUGUUAUCGAGAUGUUAAAGGAGCGUCGGCCACAACUGCAAAAAGUGUAUUGCAAACAGGACAACGCAGGAUGUUAUCAUUAUGGGUCAACAAUUGUAGGAAGCAGGUUGAACAGUCUUUCUGAUGUCAAGGUGGAGAGGUUCGACUUUUCAGAUCCACAAGGGGGCAAGGGAGAAGCCGACCGCCAGGCCGCAUCAAUUAAAGGACAUAUCGAUGUGAACAACGCUGCACAGAUGAAAGAAGCCAUUGAAUCAAAUGGCGGUAUUCCUGGGGUUAUUGUGAAGUAUGUGAAGCCUCCCGAACUAUCUGCUGGCAAAAACGAGAUCAGAUGGGACGGAAUUAGUACGCUUAAUAACUUCCAGUUUUGUCCAAAUGGUAUCACAACAUGGGAGGCUUAUAACAUCGGGCCCGGAAAGCUGGUAACAUGGAAGGACAUUCAAACCGAUGGUAUCUUUCCUGCUACACUUGAAGUUUUGGAGCCUCCUGAUACCCGCUCUCAGCAGUAAAGCUUUAGAAAAAUCAAUCCUAGAAAGGAAGUGCAGCAAAAAUCUUUGUCCGAACAACGGCUGAGUAGUCCUGACCAGCAAGAGACAGCAGGACAAGACAUGGAUGUAGAAAAAGAGAAAGAGGAAGUAAGCGGCCUUUUUACCUGCCCAGAAGAUGGGUGUAUUCAGACAUUCCAGCGGUCCUCAAGUUUGCAAGCACAUUUAGACGAAGGAAAGCACAAGCGCGCGCUAGAAAAAGAAACACUGUUUGACAAAGCCAGAAAAGGAUACGCUGCGAGAAUAACUGGAGAGCAAACGAAAGUUCCAACUUUUGGCUUCUACACGACAUCAAAAAUCUCAGUUGAUAAACUACAUUCCACACUUGAGAUGGGAUGGGCUCUUAAAACUACAAGGAGUAGAACCCAGUUUACAGAAGAACAAAGAAAGUUCCUCACAGAACAGUUUCUCAUCGGGGAGGAGUGUGGUAAAAAGGCAAAUCCACAACAGGUAUCGCAAGAAAUGCGAAGAGUGAGGGACGAAAAGGCUGCUCGUAUUUUCAGUGGAAAGGAUAUUCUUUCGCCACAGCAGGUGGCAGGAUUCUUCUCAAGACUGGCAGCAAGGAUUCGAAAAACGUCAGCAACAUCGAACGAAGAAAGUGGAAGUGAAGACGAAGGGCAGUGUGCAGUCGAGGCAGAGGCCUUACAUUCGCACCUAAAGGAAGUUGUCAGCGAAGAAAUUGCUUUACGUCACCCCAUUGUCGCCCUUUCCCGUAACAUUUGCAGUUUGGUUCAUACAAAGAAAUUAUCUACCUUAACAGUUGCAGUGCUAAGGGACAUUUGUGAAGAUAUUGGCUUAAACGUGGAUGAUAUCACGGAAAAACGAAAAAAGCCACUUAUAAGUCGUAUCACGCAGGUCGUUAAGGAGUGCUCUUGUGCUCGAGUGUAA